AUGGUCUGCAAGAUGGGCAUGACCACUGGAGCAAUGGCGAUGGCCAACGAGCUCCGAGCUUUCGGUGUUGCGGCCAACACUCUCUGGCCAGCAACGGCCAUUGCCACCUCCGCCGUGAACCAUUUAGCAGGGAACGAUCCCAAGAUCAUUGACGAAAUGUACAUGGCGAGUGGCCGCACGCCCGAGAUUCAAGCGGACGCUGCCUACGCCAUGUUCACGAGCAAGAGCUCAGGCUUCAGUGGAAAUCAGUGCAUCGACGAGGACGUUGUGGUUCGAGCAGGCUGCAAAGAUCUCAGCACUUACGACUACUCCCGCUCGGGCGCUACGCGUGAAGACAGACUAAGGAACAUCAUCCGCUUGUAA